AUGGCGGCGAGAAUGAGGAACUCGGACUGGGAGGACAAUCUUGAGAUAAAGAAUGAUUUAAAAGAACAGGUUAGUCGUAACCUGCGACAAUCAGAAAUCGUAGACUUAAUGAAAGUUAAAUACCCCAUAUAUUGUUGGAGCCUGAGGACUCUAUCUCGCCGUCUUCAUCAUUUUGGGAUCAUAUACACCGAGUACUCGGUUGAUUUAGACGAAGUUAAAGGUGCAGUUGAAAGAGAAAUGAAAGGCCCAGGAAGCCUGUUAGGUUACCGGUCUUUACACAAGAAAGGCCAAGAAGUACACGGAAUCAAUGUCCCAAGAAACGUGGUGUAUGACGUUAUGGCGGAUGUAAAUCCGGAAGGUCUUGAGCAAAGAGGUGGCGUUGGAAUGCCAAAACGUCCCAAGAGGACAGGGGCUUUUACCUAA